CGAGAAGCCAUGAGCAGGUGGAUCGCCCUCGCCCUUUUGGCCUGUGUGGCCGUGACUUCUGCGGCGGAGAAGGCCGAGGACAAGGCUGAGGACCUCAAGUCUGCGGCCUCUCACGGUCACCGCUCUUACGGAGGCUAUGGCGGCUACGGAGGCGGCUAUGGCGGUUACGGCGGCUACCAUGGUGGAUAUGGAGGCUAUAGCCGCGGCGGGUAUGGUGGAUACGGCCGCCGCGGACACGGUGGAUAUGGGAUUUACGGCGGAUACGGCGCAUAUGGAGGAUAUGGAGGAUACGGCGGCUAUGGCGGCUACAGUGGAUACGACAGCUACGGAGGCAGCGGCUAUGGCCACAACGUCUAUGGCUUCAAAGGCGGCUACGGUCACCCCGGCUACGGACACGUGUACGGCCGCAGCUACGGACGCUCGGUGCCGGUCUAUGGCUACGGAGGCUAUGGCUACGGCGGCGGCUACGGCCAUUAAGCAGCUCACAGCAGCUUUUGGGAUAGCCGGGGUCGCCGCGCAUGCGCGCCAAACACCAUGAAGAACGGGCUGUUGAACAGCGCAGACAACUCAGCUUUCGCCGUUCGACGACAGGUUGCAGCAGCAUUAUGGUGUCCUGUGCUUGACCCCCCAGUGAUCGAAGAUCCCAGUGUCAGUUGGGCUUCUGCUGCUCUUGAAACACUGAAAAAGUUUCGAUGCCUGAACUGUUCACCAAACGACCCCUUGACUACUUUCAAAAGCUCUGAAGACUUGGGUGUCCCUAGUAGCUCUGAAGUGUUGCAUUUGGCUCAAGUCAAAUAAUGAGCCAUUUGCGUUGCUCUGUUCAAUUGGGCGGCACUCUCAGAUAUCUUAAGCAGCUGUGCAGGCCCCUCAGGCUAGUGGACGGUACGUAAAUAGUUUCGUCUCAGGUUGUCGGACAGGUCACGUGGGUGGUAUGACGUCGCAUUUGCACUGAAGACAAUACCAUUGUGCUUAUCACGCAUCGAUGAUGGCAUGGCUUCCCACCACGCCUGCUCCGUGUUCCUUGUGUCUUUCGGGACGGCCGGUGAUCGGUUGUUCUUGCAUGAGUGAGCUGUAUGAGGUUG